AUGUGUGUCUGAAUGAAUGAUGUGGGCAGGGCAAAGAUAAUCUGGGUGUGUGUAGUCUGGGUACAUUUCAUGCGGCAGGAUGGCUAGCAGAUGUCAGCGCGCAUCGAUAAAUUCCCAGCGUGUUGUUGCAGCGUCAUUCUGUUUGAAUGAAGUUCAGUCUGAGAACUAGCGAUAGCUAACUCUUUAUUCGCGCCCCGGUGGAUUGGAACAGGAAAAAAUAAAGAGUUGAGGAAGUAAAAGGUUGCCAAAUAUGCCGGUGUUUACAGUAAAUGUGAAAUGGGGCAAAGAGAAGUUUGAUGCAGUUGAGCUGAACACUGAGGAACCACCCAUGGUUUUCAAGGCUCAGCUCUUUGCCCUGACAGGAGUUCAGCCAGACAGACAGAAGGUCAUGGUGAAGGGAGGCACUCUGAAGGAUGACGAAUGGGGGAACAUUAAACUGAAAAAUGGAAUGACUCUGCUGAUGAUGGGCUCAGCAGAAGCCUUGCCUGAGGAGCCUGCUGUCCGGCCAAUGUUUGUAGAGGACAUGACUGAGGAGCAGCUGGCCUCAGCGAUGGAGCUGCCUUGUGGGCUGACAAACUUGGGCAACACCUGUUACAUGAAUGCCACAGUGCAGUGUCUGCGCUCUGUGCCAGAGCUCAAAGCUGCACUCAGAAGGUAUACAGGUGCUCUGCGAUCAUCUGGGGCAAAUGCACCAUCACAAUAUAUCACAGCAGCCCUUCGUGACCUGUAUGAGACCAUGGACAAGACCUCAUCCAGCCUGCCACCCAUCAUUUUGCUGCAGUUCCUUCACAUGGCCUUUCCACAGUUUGCUGAGAAGGGGGACCAGGGACAGUACCUCCAGCAGGAUGCCAACGAGUGCUGGCUGCAGAUGAUGAGAGUGCUUCAGCAAAAAUUGGAGCCACUAGAGCCAGAGACUUCCAUGGAGACGGAGUCUGAGAGCGGAGCUGCCGCUGCCUCUACAAAGAAGAACUUAAUUGACCAGUAUUUUGGCGUAGAAUUUGAAACUGCUAUGAAAUGCACAGAGUCUGAGGAGGAGGAGCCAAUCAAGGGCAAGGAAAGCCAGCUCCAGCUCAGCUGCUUCAUCAACCAAGAAGUCAAAUACCUUGCAACAGGACUAAGACUGAGACUGCAGGAAGAAAUCACAAAAAUGUCUCCAUCCUUGGAAAGAAAUGCCCUGUAUAUAAAAUCUUCAAAACUCAGCCGUCUCCCUGCCUACUUGACUGUUCAAAUGGUUAGAUUUUUCUACAAAGAGAAGGAAUCUGUCAAUGCAAAAGUCCUUAAGGAUGUCAAGUUCCCUCUCAUGCUGGAUGUCUAUGAGCUGUGCACUUCAGAGCUCCAGGAGAAAAUGCUGCCUAUCAGGUCAAAGUUCAAGGAGGUUGAGGACAAGAAGCUAGAGGAACAGCAGAAAAAGGUGGUGAAGACGCCAAGUGCAGCAAAAGUGAAAUAUGAGGCUUUCUCCUUCCCUGAUGACCUCGGUUCCAACAACAGUGGCUACUACGACCUGCAGGCUGUGCUGACACACCAAGGCCGCUCUAGCUCCUCUGGUCACUAUGUGGGCUGGGUCAAGAGGAAAGAAGAUGAGUGGGUCAAGUUUGAUGACGACAAGGUGAGUCUGGUGUCUCCAGAGGAUAUCCUGCGGCUGUCUGGUGGCGGGGACUGGCAUAUAGCAUACGUUCUACUGUACGGCCCCCGGCGGCUGGAAAUACUUGAAGAGGAACAGUAGCUGUGGAAGAUUUCCUACAAGACAGACAACAUCCAACACACGUACAAAUGCCAUUUCCAAGCACUGUCUGCAUAGAUGUGCAAUAAAACUGGUGUCUUUAAAGAUUUGAUGA